GUCCAUAGCCCAGUUGGUGGCAUGUCUGGCAGUAGUUCACGGUCAGGGUCUGUGGGGGGAUUGACCAUGAAAUCACAACUUCAGAUCAUUGUCAUUUCAGCAAAACUUAAAGAAAAUAAAAAGAACUGGUUUGGACCAAGUCCUUAUGUGGAAGUCUCAGUAGAUGGACAGUCAAAGAAGACAGAAAAGUGCAGCAAUACCAACAGUCCCAAGUGGAAGCAACCUCUUACUGUAAUUGUCACACCUAUCAGCAAAUUAAAUUUUCGUGUAUGGAGUCACCAGACAUUAAAAUCCGAUGUUUUACUGGGAAGUGCUGCUCUAGAUAUUCAUGAAACAUUAAAGUCAAAUAAUAUGAAACUUGAUGAAGUGAUUGUGACAUUACAACUCGUGGGUGACAAAGAGCCAACAGAAAUCAUAGGAGACCUGUCAGUUUGUCUUGAUGGACUACAAGUAGAUCCUGAGAUUUUAACGAAUGGCUAUGCCACAUGUUCAGAAGGUAGUUCACAGAGUGAUGAUUCCAGAACCAGAAAUGAUACAAGAUCAAAUACAAAUGGACCUGAAAAUGCUGAGGAACCAGGAUGCAGUGACAAUAGAAAGGUCAAUGGCAGCAACUCUCCAUCACUCACAAAUGGAGGUUUUAAACCUUCUAGGCCUCCAAGACCUUCAAGGCCACCUCCUCCUACUCCCCGCCGACCAGCAUCUGUCAAUGGUUCUCCUGCACCCUCUGAAACUCCUGUAUCUAGUACAGACUCAUCACCGUCAACAAGUAUGAGUGUAAUUCCUGAAGGAGCAACAGCUGGAACAUCAGUUCCUACCACUGUGGCUUUAACAACACCUCCAACUUCUAGACAAGUGCAGUCAGUAAAUUCUGCUUCUCAACAACUUAAUACAGUUAAUCAAGGUCCUCUUCCACCUGGUUGGGAACAGAGAGUGGACCAGCAUGGACGAGUCUACUAUGUAGAUCACGUUGAAAAAAGAACAUCGUGGGAUAGACCAGAACCUCUUCCUCCUGGCUGGGAACGUCGAGUUGACAACAUGGGACGUGUUUAUUAUGUUGACCACUUUACAAGAACUACAACGUGGCAGCGACCAACUUUGGAAUCAGUUAGAAACUAUGAGCAAUGGCAACUACAGCGAAGUCAACUCCAAGGAGCAAUGCAACAGUUUAACCAGAGAUUCAUUUAUGGGAAUCAAGACUUGUUUACUUCAUCUCAGAAUAAAGAAUUCGAUCCUCUUGGACCUCUGCCACCAGGAUGGGAAAAGCGAACAGAUAGUAAUGGCAGAGUGUAUUUUGUCAAUCACAACACACGUAUUACACAGUGGGAAGAUCCCAGAAGUCAGGGUCAAUUAAAUGAGAAGCCUUUACCAGAAGGCUGGGAAAUGAGAUUUACAGUGGAUGGGAUUCCAUAUUUUGUGGAUCACAAUAGGAGAACAACAACAUAUAUAGAUCCUCGAACUGGAAAAUCUGCUCUAGACAAUGGGCCCCAAAUAGCCUAUGUUAGAGAUUUUAAAGCAAAGGUUCAUUAUUUCCGUUUCUGGUGUCAGCAACUGGCUAUGCCACAGCACAUCAAGAUUACAGUGACAAGAAAAACUUUGUUUGAAGAUUCCUUUCAGCAGAUAAUGAGUUUCAAUCCCCAGGAUCUUCGAAGACGUUUGUGGGUGAUUUUUCCAGGAGAAGAAGGUUUAGAUUAUGGAGGUGUGGCAAGAGAAUGGUUCUUUCUUUUGUCACAUGAAGUGCUGAACCCAAUGUAUUGCCUGUUUGAAUAUGCAGGAAAGGAUAACUACUGCUUGCAGAUAAAUCCAGCUUCUUAUAUUAAUCCAGAUCAUCUGAAAUACUUUCGUUUUAUUGGCAGGUUUAUUGCCAUGGCAUUAUUCCAUGGGAAAUUCAUAGACACAGGCUUUUCUUUGCCAUUUUAUAAACGUAUCUUGAAUAAACCAGUUGGACUCAAGGACUUAGAAUCUAUUGAUCCAGAAUUUUACAAUUCUCUCAUCUGGGUUAAAGAAAACAACAUAGAAGAAUGUGGUUUAGAGAUGUACUUUUCAGUUGAUAAGGAAAUUCUUGGUGAAAUUAAGAGUCAUGAACUGAAACCCAAUGGCAGUAAUAUACUAGUAACAGAAGAAAAUAAAGAGGAAUAUAUUAGAAUGGUAGCUGAAUGGAGAUUAUCUCGAGGUGUUGAAGAGCAGACACAAGCUUUCUUUGAAGGCUUCAAUGAAAUUCUCCCACAGCAGUACCUGCAAUACUUUGAUGCUAAAGAACUAGAGGUACUUCUGUGUGGAAUGCAAGAGAUUGACUUAAAUGACUGGCAAAGACAUGCCAUCUACCGACAUUAUACUAGGACAAGCAAACAAAUCAUGUGGUUUUGGCAGUUUGUGAAAGAAAUUGACAAUGAGAAGAGAAUGAGACUGUUGCAGUUUGUUACUGGAACGUGCAGGUUGCCAGUUGGGGGAUUUGCUGACCUCAUGGGGAGCAAUGGACCUCAAAAGUUUUGCAUUGAAAAAGUUGGGAAAGAAAAUUGGUUACCCAGAAGUCACACCUGUUUUAACCGCUUGGAUCUGCCACCCUACAAGAGCUAUGAACAACUGAAGGAAAAAUUGUUAUUUGCCAUUGAGGAAACGGAAGGAUUUGGACAAGAGUGAUCUCUGAGAAUUUGCACCCCUGAAGGACAUGAAUUCUUUUGUAAUGUUUGUCCUUCACCUCUUCUGCUUGUUGCACAUCUUGUAAAUUGGACUCUGACUGUUUAAAGAGUUAUUUGUGUGUAAGUAAAUUAAUGUUAUCCUUGAGGUUGAUGUCCCAGUAAUUCUGGAUUUCUGCUGAGCCCUUCCAGAAAUAAGAUCUUCAAGUGACAUGACUACAGAUGAAACCUGACUUAACUUAAGAUUUAACACAGCAAUGACACCUGCCUUGUUUUACUCAGCAAGAAUGUUUCUUUAACCCCCAC